UUAUCAAGCGAUCUAAACCGCUUUAGGAAGCGAUUCUUCGUCGUGGAGCCUGGUGACUCAAUAAUUCGCGAUGAAGAUCGGGACGAUUCUGAGCCGAGAACACCGGCUCCGGAAGGACUUCAUGUGGACGAUCGUACCUGCCAUUUAUGCUGGGAGGAGAGCCGGUAUCCCGGCCGGCACAUAGCGCAAAAACAUCUGAAGAAACCGUUGUACGAGUGUCCUGUGUGCGAGGGUUUCGGCAGCUAUGAGGGGUGUACGGUAUUGAAACACAUUCAUAAGGUACACCCUGAUUGUCCAGAGGCGCAGCCGCUUAGCAAUCUGGAACGGUACGCAGACGAAAUCCGAGACCUACAGAAUCGCUGCUUUCCGAAUCGUCCAAUGAAGCUCGUCCGGCCGAAGGAGAGCACUCGUCCGAGAGAGCGACAUCACUGUAAGAUAUGUGGGACACAGGUAGCGCAAUCCGAUCGUCAACGGCACGUAUAUCACAGGCAUCUACAGCGCACACGGAUUUUUGAAUGCCCGUUGUGCAAUUUCGCGUCGAAUUACGACGUUCAUAGAGUGAAAUGGCACAUUAAAUGGAUGCACAAAGAUGACAAGGAGCUGGAGCCGAUUUCCCACGAAAAUGAGUACAGGAAAGAAAUUGAUCACCUGAACGAGGAAUGUUUCCCUGGUUGGCAGCACCGUCGAAAACCAUUUUGGUGGCUAGACAACGAUGACAAGAAGUCUGAGAUGAAGCAUGAAGAGCUCGAGAUUGAUGUUGACAGUUUCGGGAAUAUUUCGGAUUGUGCCAAAGACAGCACCCCAAGUUCGACCGGUAAUGAUGAAGAAGACUCGAUUUACGAUGAAUCAUUGGACCAUCAGAACAAGGACCACGUAGGUCAACCCAUGAAGCGCGUCAGCGAGUGGACAUGUCGGUUAUGUCUGAAGGAGUUCAAGCCCACAUCGAAUUUUCUCCGACACGUCGCCAAAGAUCAUCUUGACAUGCCGCUGUUUCAAUGUGCGAUGUGUGAAUGGGGAGCAGCAGAUGCCUACGAGGUGAAAGCGCACAUGGUCAAGGUGAGGAACUAUGCUUGGCAGAAAUAUGGAAGGAGUGAGGAUGCGGGUGCCUCAAAGGCUAAUGUCGCUAGACGUUUCCAUUGUAUUUUCAUAGAACGCAUAAUAACGCGGAUUCGAUCCGACUCAAUUCGACUAACCCCAGAUCAUGUUCAGCAGCGAUUUUCUGAGUGUUUCCCAUCAAGAAAAAUGAAGCCUGGUACUUUUGAUAAGCGGAAAGAUUCAACAAUGGUCAGUGAUGAAACCAAAGUCACAUGUCAGGAGUGUUUCCAAGAGAUGAAAACCGAAGAUCGUCAGAUUCAUGUUUAUCGACAUCAUCUCAAGGAACCACGUCUCUAUGAGUGUCCACUUUGUGACUUCUCUCAUCAUGCCUGUUCUAGUGAUGUCCGAGCUCAUAUUAAGUUCACUCAUCGAUAA